GCAGCAUGUGCGAAAGGCUAGAGAGAGAGAAGGAGAGUCACGCCUUCCGCACCAGUCUGCUCUGUAAAACGACGACCAGCGUAUGAGUAUCCGAAUACCAUCACCCACCCCCUCUGCUAUACCCAAAGUUGCAGAGAGAGAGAGAGAGUCAGUCAUUCGUGGCUUUCUUCAUGAGUUCUCAGUUUUUUAGAGAGAGAGAGAGAGAGGAGAACCACCAGUGUGUGUGUGUUUGUACGGAAGACUCUGAAACAUAUCAGAACCACCAGAAGGUAGCAGGCAGCAUCUUUGAGUGAGAGAAAAGAAGCUAUUCUCUCUCUCUCUCUUUCUCUCUCUCUCUCACUUUCUUCUCUCUCUUCUCAUCUUCCCAAUGUUACUCCAAACCUCAACCUCAACCCUUUCUACUUUUUCCAACUCUCCUUUUUCACCAGUUUGAUCUGAAAAACACUUGUUCAUUGCAUAGCCUUCUAGUGCUUCCUCUACAGUUUCUGUUCUUUUGUUUUUGGGGUUUGGUUUGGUUGAGCUCAUCAUCUUAUUGUACAUCCUUGGGUUCUACUAAGCCUUGUUAAUCUUCUCAGAAGCAAGAGAAUCAUUCCCUUGAAUGGAAAAUGUGAAACUCUCUUGAACAAAGAAGUAUAUUAUUGGCCAUACAGAACAGUGUCUUCAAUUGAUCUUCAUCAUCAGAAUUCAGAACUUGGUCCUGAGUGAAAAUGUCAACUCCGAGAUGGAAGGCCUCUCAUCUUCACUUCAUCAUGCUCUUGUGCUUCAUACAAUCAUCCUUCUCAUUGGCAAUUUAUUUUGGUGACAUUGGGUCAUUACUUGCUCUAAGAAACUCUCUUUUCCAAAGAAGAGAUGUUAUUCCAAGUUGGUUUGACUCAAAGAUCUCACCAUGCAACUGGAUUGGCAUAAAAUGUGAGGGUCCUGCAGUACGCCAAAUUCAUCUUUCUUGUACAUUGUUACCCCUGGAUCUUCCAUUUCCAAACUAUCUUGGAAAUUUUAGAAAUCUCAAGCAUCUUAAUGUCAGCCAUUGUGCCCUCACUGGUCGUAUUUCUGAAAAUCUAUGGAGUCUGGAGGAUUUAGAGACCAUGGACUUGAGUGAUAACAGAUUGUUUGGGAUGCUGCCUCCAGCCCUCUCUAACCUGAAAAAUCUAAGAGAACUUGUGCUUGAUGAUAAUAGCUUCUCUGGUAGUUUACCGUCAACAAUUGGACAACUCACUGAACUUACUGAACUCUCUGUCCAUGCAAACUCAUUUUCUGGAGUUCUUCCAGCUGAGCUUGGAAAUCUACAAAAGUUGCAGUCCCUUGACCUUAGUGAAAAUUUCUUCUCUGGGUACCUACCUUCCAGUUUAGGUAACCUUACAAAGCUGUUAUACUUUGGUGCUAAUCAGAACAGAUUCAGAGGACCAAUAUUUCCAGAAAUUGGAAAUCUAGGGAUGAUUAGGACUCUAGAUCUUUCAUGGAACUCGCUGACUGGAACUAUACCAAUGGAAGUAGGGAAAUUGAUCAGCCUGAAUACAUUGAAUGUGGGAAACAACAACUUAAAUGGAGCAAUACCAGAGACAAUUGGCAAUCUGAGAGCCUUACAAGUGCUUAAUCUCCAGGGUUGCAGAUUCACAGGAAAUGUGCAAGAAGAAAUUUCCAAGCUGAGUAGCUUAACUUACUUGAAUAUAGCACAGAAUGAUUUUGAGGGAGAACUACCAGCAAGCUUUGGCAAGCUGUCGAAUCUAGUUUACUUUCUUGCUGCAAGUGCGGGACUGAGUGGAAGAAUUCCAGAGCAACUAGGAAACUGCAAGAAGCUCAAGGUUCUGAAUCUUUCCUUCAACUCAUUAUAUGGUACACUACCUGAUGGUCUUGCGGGCUUGGAAUCAAUGGAGUCUCUUAUACUUGAUUCAAACCACCUAUCAGGUCCAUUGCCUAACUGGGUUUCGAACUGGAAGCGAAUAGAGUCUAUAAUGUUGGCAAAGAACUUCUUUAAUGGCUCUUUACCACCACUACAUCUUCCGUCCUUGACCUUACUUGAUGUCAACACCAACAUGCUUUCUGGUGAGUUACCUCCGGAAAUAUGCAAUGCCGAGUCAUUGGCCAGUUUGUCGCUGUCAGAUAACAACUUUACUGGUAAUAUAGACAACAGCUUCAGGAAAUGUUUGAACCUCACAGAUUUGGUGUUGUCUGGAAAUGAUCUGUUUGGUAAAAUACCUGCUUAUUUGGGUGAGCUUCAUCUGGUUACGUUGGAACUGUCAAAAAACCGAUUCUUUGGCAGGAUUCCUGAUCAAUUGUGGGAAUCAAAAUCACUGAUGGAGAUUUCACUCAGCUACAAUUUUCUUGAAGGUCAGAUUCCCAUGGGUGUUGCUAAAGUCUCCUCGCUUCAGAGGUUGCAAUUAGAUAAUAAUCACUUUGAAGGACGCAUUCCAAGUUCCAUUGGUGAACUCAAAAAUCUGACCAAUCUGUCUCUACAUGGUAACAAUUUGACUGGGGAGAUCCCCUUGGAACUGUUCGAGUGUACGAUGUUGGUGUCCUUGGACCUUGGUUCAAACAUGCUUACUGGUCAAAUUCCAAAAUCCAUAUCCAAGUUGAAACUGCUUGAUAACCUCGUGCUAUCAAACAAUAAAUUCUCUGGUUCAAUACCUGAGGAGAUUUGCUCUGGGUUUCAAAAGGUGCCUUUACCAGAUUCUGAGUUCACCCAACAUUAUGGCAUGCUUGAUUUGUCCAAUAAUGAGUUUGUGGGGCCUAUUCCUGCAUCAAUUGAGCAGUGCAUUGUUGUAACUGAACUACUGUUGAAGGGAAACAAACUCAGUGGGACUAUUCCUAUUGGGAUUUCUGGGCUGGCUAACUUAACGUUGCUCGAUCUGUCUUUCAAUUCUUUGACAGGGCCAGCUGUUUCCCAGUUAUUCUCAAUUAGAAACCUACAGGGGCUUGUACUUUCACAUAAUCGGCUAAAUGGCUCAAUUCCGGAUAAUCUGGGGUCAAUGAUGCCUAGCUUAGCCAAGCUUGACUUGUCAAAUAAUAGGUUAACUGGUCUUUUGCCUUCUUCCAUUUUUGGUGUCAAGAGUUUAACCAACCUAGACAUCAGUAUGAAUUCAUUCUCAGGACCAAUCUCUUUGGACUUAGGCACCACUAGCGCUCUUUUGGUCCUAAAUGCAAGCAACAACCUCUUUUCAGGUUCCCUUGGUAACUCUUUCUCUAAUCUGACCACCCUUUCCAUACUAGAUAUUCACAACAAUAUGAUCACUGGCAGUGUGCCUUCUUCGCUCUCCAAUCUUGAUACCUUGACAUAUCUAGACUUCUCAAACAACAAAUUUCAAGGGUCUGUCCCUUGCAAUAUCUGUAAUAUAGAAGGCCUUGCUUUUGUCAACUUCUCUGGUAACAGAUUCACUGGACACGUGCCAGAAACUUGCGCCAAGACUAAACCUUGCACACCAAAGCAACCGAAUUUCCCUUCACGAUACCCACAUGCACCGGUUUUAACAGGGGCUUCUGUUUGGGCUAUUGCUUUUGGUGCCACGUUCAUUUCCCUUGUCCUUCUUGUUUGUCUUCUCAGAUGGACGAUGCUGAAACAAGAAGCUGCAAUUCUGGACCAGGGAAAGGGUAAAAUUGUGACAGCAAUUGAGCCAGAGUCCACCGAUGAGCUUCUUGGUAAGAAGCGUAAGGAGCCACUGAGCAUUAACAUAGCUACUUUUGAGCACUCUCUACUCCGGAUAGACCCUGCAGAUAUUCUGUCAGCGACAGAAAAUUUCAGCAAGACGUAUAUUAUCGGUGAUGGUGGAUUUGGUACAGUGUAUAGAGCGUCAUUACCAGAAGGUAGAAUCAUUGCGGUCAAAAGGCUUAAUGGAGGACACUUGCACGGUGACCGUGAAUUCUUGGCUGAGAUGGAGACAAUUGGAAAGGUAAAGCACGAAAACUUGGUUCCAUUACUUGGGUAUUGUGUCUUUGCAGACGAGAGGUUUUUGAUAUAUGAAUAUAUGGAGAAUGGAAGCCUUGAUGUGUGGUUGAGGAACCGGGCAGAUGCUGUGGAGGCACUUGAUUGGCCAACCCGGUUCAAGAUAUGUCUAGGGUCAGCUCGAGGGCUGGCCUUUCUACAUCAUGGGUUUGUUCCCCACAUUAUCCACAGAGACAUCAAGUCAAGCAAUAUCUUGUUGGAUAGCAAGUUUGAGGCACGCGUAUCAGACUUUGGCUUGGCGCGUAUAAUUAGUGCAUGUGAGAGCCAUGUUAGUACUGUGCUUGCAGGUACUUUUGGGUACAUACCUCCCGAGUAUGGUCAGACCAUGGUGGCAACAAGCAAGGGCGAUGUAUAUAGCUUUGGUGUGGUGAUGCUGGAGCUUGUAACGGGGAGGGCGCCAACUGGACAGGCUGACAUGGAGGGCGGCAAUCUUGUUGGGUGGGUGAGGUGGAUGGUCGCGUCUGGAAGGGAAUACGAGGUGUUAGAUCCGUAUUUUUGUGGUUUGGAGCUUUGGAAAGAACAAAUGUCGAGAGUUCUUGCGAUAGCAAGGUUGUGCACGAGUGAUGAGCCAUGGAGGCGGCCUACUAUGCUUGAGGUGGUGAAGCUGUUGAGGGAGGUAAAAAUGAAAACUGGGACGUAUUAACAAAAAGCAAAAACAAAAGAACUCUAAUGUUUGUUUGGUUUUAAGCUUUAAUUUCAUGUAUAAUGCAUGGGCUGAGAAGAACCUCAAGUAGAAGAGCAAUAUGGAGCUAGUGAGGAAUGAAAAGUGUAGUAUGACUCUGAUGAUUUUCCAACUAAAUAAUAUUUCUGAACAGUAAUGAAGAAGUAUUAGGUCUAGUUUAUCUUCUUUAAUUUUAUGAUGAAUACAUUACCAAUAUGGAUUUAUGCACACACCUUUGGACACUGUGACUUGUUAGGAUAUACUUUAUGCUUAGUUUGUUUUGACAUAAAAUAUUUUAUUGUGUUUUUUUGUAUAAAAAAAGCAGGAAAAAAAAUUCUGUGUU